GCGCGCGCCGAGGCCGUACAGCCUGUGUGUGUGUGUGUGUGCGACUGUGUCUCGUCUUAAAACGUGUCUUUUGUCUCCAUGUCAGGCUGAUGGUGAUUGUCUCUCAGUCUGCGUGUUGUUGCCUGUUGCCCGCCGCCUCUUCAUGAAGAUGACGAAGAAGAUGAUGAUGAUGAUGGCGGUGAUGAAGAUGAUGAUGAUGAUGGCAGGUGCUGAAGGAAGAGAACAUCAGGAAGACGCCUGACGCUGCGAUCUCUCGGUGCAGGAGUCGCAUAAGGGAGGAUUGUCUCUUUGUUUUCGCCGUAUUUGUCCAGUAGACGUAAAGGGGCCGAGGAGAAACACAGCGGCGGAACAUCCACACACAAAAUGAGGAUUUGUUCGCUCGUGAGAACCGUUUGUAAUAAUACAAAUAACAGUAACAACAGCGGACAAUAAUUAAAAGCCCAAGGAGCAAGUUAAUUGGUUUAAAGCGGCGCGCCGACUCGGUGAUGUUCUAUUUUGGUGAACGGCUCGUUGAUUAGUGUCAGUGGGCCACAGCAGGCAGAUUAUCAGGCACUGUGCGUGUGUGUGUGUGUGUGUGUGUGGGUCAGAGAAAUAAAGAUGGUGUUCAGGAGCGAGGAGAUGUGCUUGGCGCAAUUGUUCCUGCAGUCUGGCUCUGAAUACGACUGCAUCAGUGAGCUGGGAGAGCUGGGGCUGGUCGAGUUUCGAGAUCUAAACCCAAGUGUCAGCUCAUUUCAGCGGCGCUUCGUCAGCGAAAUCAAGAGGUGUGAGGAGAUGGAGAGAAUUCUGGGUUUCCUACUGAGGGAAAUCCAGAAAGCUCACAUAGCUGUUCCAGAGGAGGAUGAGAGUCCUCUUGCUCCUCCCCCCAGACAAGUCCUGGAGAUAAUGGAGCAGCUCCAGAGGCUGGAGAUGGAGCUCAGCGAGGUGGCGAAGAACAAAGAGAAGCUGCAGCGGAACCUGCUGGAGCUCACCGAGUACACCCACAUGCUGAGGAUCACGCGCACCUUCAUACACAGCCGCUCCAGACACGAGGCUCUCGGUCCCCAGUACGAAGAAUUCCCCACUAUGGAGACAGACUCGGUGACAGGAUGCACUGGGAUGCAAAGACUUGGAGCCAAGCUGGGGUUUGUGUCGGGUCUUAUCCAGCGAGUGAAGGUCGAGGCCUUUGAGCGCAUGCUGUGGAGAGUGUGUAAAGGUUACACCAUCCUCAGCUACGCAGAGGUGGACGAGAACCUGACUGAUAUUGACACGGGUGAGAUCAGCAAAAGUGUCGUGUUUCUCAUCUCUUUUUGGGGAGACCAGAUUGGACAAAAAGUUCAAAAGAUCUGUGACUGUUAUCACUGCCACCUUUACCCACACCCUGAGAAUGACGAGGAAAGGGCAGACAUGGUGGACAGACUGAAGACACGCAUCCAGGACCUCAAUAAUGUGCUGCACCGCACUGAGGAUUACUUGAGGCAGGUUCUGCAGAAAGCCUCAGAGUCGGCCUACGCCUGGGUCGUGCAGGUGAAAAAGAUGAAGGCCAUUUAUCACAUCCUCAAUCUGUGCAGCUUCGACGUCACCAACAAGUGUCUGAUUGCCGAAGUGUGGUGUCCCGUCAGUGACCUGGCAAACCUGCGGGGGGCGCUAGAAGAGGGCUCGAGAAAAGGCGAUGCCACUGUACCGUCCUUCGUGAACCGCAUCCCGAGCACUGACACGCCACCUACUCUGCUAAGAACCAACAAGUUCACGUCUGGCUUUCAGAGCAUCGUGGAGGCGUAUGGGGUGGGGGAUUACCGUGAGGUAAGCCCAGCUCCUUACACCAUCAUCACGUUCCCCUUUCUGUUCGCUGUGAUGUUCGGUGACUUCGGGCACGGCCUCAUAAUGAGUCUCUUUGCCUUGUGGAUGGUGCUGAUGGAGAAAAAGCAGCAGCAGAAGAAGAAGUGCUCCAGUAACGAGAUAUGGGCGACGUUUUUCAACGGGCGCUACAUCAUCCUGAUGAUGGGCCUCUUCUCCGUGUACACCGGGCUCAUUUACAACGACUGUUUCUCCAAGAGUAUCAACAUAUUUGGCUCUCACUGGAGUGUGAAGGCUAUGUUCGCCAAUCAGCAGUGGACAAACAAAACGCUCCAAACUAACGCUUUGCUCACGUUAGACCCGAACAUCAGCGGCGUGUUCAGAGGGCCGUACCCAUUUGGCGUUGAUCCCAUAUGGAACCUGGCGGUGAACCGACUGUCCUUCCUCAACUCCUACAAGAUGAAGAUGUCGGUUAUAAUUGGGGUCAUCCACAUGACCUUUGGAGUGGUGCUGAGCGUCUUCAAUCACUUGCACUUCCGACAGAAAUUAAAUGUACACCUGCUAUUUGUUCCCGAGCUCCUCUUCCUGCUUUGUCUCUUUGGCUACCUGGUUUUCAUGAUUUUCUACAAGUGGUUGGCAUUCGGUGCACGAGACUCCAGCCGGGCCCCCAGCAUACUCAUCCACUUCAUCAGCAUGUUCGGCAUGCAGGGGAAGGACAUCACGCCUCUGUACCCGGGACAGACUGGCAUUCAGAUCUUCUUAGUCGUAAUAGCCAUGCUCUCAGUUCCGGUGAUGCUGCUGGGAAAACCUCUGUACUUGUACUGGUUGUAUCGCGGAGGCAAAGGUCUGCGCGGAUGUGCGGGUUACGAGAGGGUCAGGCACGCGAGCGAGGACGAUAACUCUGCAGCACCGUCGUACGAUGAUGACGAAGAGGAUGGCCUUGAUGAGAUGACCAGCAGAGAAGCUCUUUCCAAAGAGUUUGACUUUGCAGAUGUGUUGCUGUACCAGUCCAUUCACACCAUAGAGUACUGCCUGGGCUGCAUUUCCAACACUGCGUCCUACCUGCGUCUUUGGGCCCUCAGCUUGGCUCAUGCCCAGCUGUCUGAGGUGUUGUGGGCCAUGGUGAUGCGUCUUGGUCUGAGGAUCACGACACGAUUCGGGGUCAUGUUUUUGGUCCCUGUGUUCGGCCUGUUUGCCAUGCUCACCGUGUCCAUCUUACUCGUCAUGGAAGGCUUGUCGGCCUUCCUCCAUGCUCUCCGCCUCCACUGGGUGGAGUUUCAGAACAAGUUCUACCACGGGACUGGUGUCAAGUUUGUACCCUUUGACUUCUCCCUGCUUCCGUCCGUUUUUGAGCAAGACGGCUUGCUUUGAGUCGAACGCGGACCGUGAAGUGCUGGAUAUGAGUUUGAUGCUGGAAGCUGAAACAAUUCACACUGUGAUAGCAAACCUUUUGGGGAGACAGUGGAUUGAAAACUCACUCUUGUAGCAACAUUUUUCACCGUGACGAUUUUUAAAAAGAAAAGUAUAUAUAUAUCUCCGGCUGUGCUGACUGCCUUACUACUAUACCCAGCAAACCUUUAAAUAUACAGAGGUUCAAAACGUUUGUUCUUAUGUUGAAUUUUUAGGGUGAGAUAGUCACACCGGUUAGGGGUUGAUCUGAACGUUUUAAUUUGCAUCGUGCUAUGUAACAUGGUAUUUAAAGAUGAUCUACUCAUGACCACGCCAAGCAUCCUGUUAUAGUGCCAUAGAGAUAUAUUUCUGAUGAUGAUGACGAGGGUGAUGCCUUAGGGUUUUUCAAAAAAGAAGGAAACACAUUUUACUGUAGGUAUAAAAUCUUGAAAAAAAACAUUACAACCCUUUUUGAGGCACAUUGUCACAAAGCACUUUGCAGAAAAUGAUUGUACAUUUUACAGUUCUCAUGAAUGACUGUGACGAUGCCAAAUGAAAAAUAAUCAACUGUUUGCUCUUUGCUUCUUUACUUAUUACCUACCGCGUUUGUUCCCCCCCGUAACGGAUAUAAAUGAUCGAAUACCGCAGACAAAGUCUUUCUUUGGUAAUGUUGCUUAAUCAUAAUUGUUAAAGGUUAUAUAUACGAGACUUUAAAUGUUAAUGAGGCAACGCGGCAACCUCCAUCGCGCGGGGUAACGGCGUCAUGUUGGGCUCUUCUCUGGGUGACUACUGUACUCAGUUGUGCUUCUGGUUGUGUGUGUUUUUUACGUGACAUCCAUUGGCAACGAACACAUAAUAUGUAUAUAUGUAUAACCUUUAAUGAUCAUUGUGUUUAUUUAAAAUGUCAUCUGUACAAGAGUACUUAUUAUAAUAUUUUAUCAUUUUAAUGUUGUUGUUUUGAGAAAUGCAAGCAAAUAAAGGACUCAUGCCCAAA